CCGGCGCGUCUCGCUCAGGGACCAGCGUUUGCGGAGACUCAACAUGACGCUCCUGGGGUCUGAGCAUUCUCUGCUGAUUAGGAGCAAGUUCAGAUCAGUUUUGCAGUUACGACUUCAGCAGAGAAGGACCCAGGAACAGCUGGCUAACCAAGGCAUAAUACCAUCACUGAAAAGCCCCGCUGAAUUCCAUGAGCAAAGAAAACAUUUGGAUAGUGACAAGACUGAAGGCGCCCUGAGGCGCCAGGGCAGAACCAGGCCCCGACGUGCUGACUUGGCUAAUAUGCACAUACUCCAAGCCUCCACUUCAGAGAGGUCCAUUUCAACUGCUCAAAUGAAGCUGAAAAGAGCCCGACUUGCAGAUGAUCUCAAUGAAAAGAUUGCACUUCGGCCAGGCCCACUGGAGCUGGUGGAGAAGAAUAUACUCCCUGUGGACUCUGCUGUGAAAGAGGCCAUAAAAGGUAACCAGGUGAGUUUUGCCAAGUCUGCUGAUGCAUUUGCCUUUGAAGAAGACAGCAGUGACGGGCUUUCUCCAGAUCAGACACGAAGUGAAGACGCCCAGGGCUCGGUGGGCUCUCCUCCUGACACUACGGCCACAGAGACCCCUUUGGGGGGACCCUUAGGGACAAUCCAGGAUCUUAUUUCUGGCUCAGAAAAUGAAAGGAGAGACUCAGUGUCACAACCCAGCAGCCAGCCAGACCCAGGGAAGCAGAGGCUCAGUCCCCCUCGUGUGCCCAGCCCUGUGCAAGCUGCUGUGAAGUCCAAAGCCUUGGGAGACAGUAAGAACCGCCACAAAAAGCCCAAGGACCCCAAGCCAAAGGUAAAGAAGCUUAAAUAUCACCAGUACAUUCCCCCGGACCAGAAGGCAGAGAAGUCCCCCCCGCCCAUGGACUCUGCCUACGCCCGACUGCUCCAGCAGCAGCAGCUCUUCCUGCAGCUCCAGAUCCUGAGUCAGCAGCAGCAGCAGAGGCUCAGCUACACGGGGAUGCCCCAGGCUCAGCUCAAGGAACCAAGUGAACAGAUUAUCAGAAAUCCACACUCUUCUUCAGCACAACUGGGCGACACUCCUCUGUCUCCUGUCAAAACCAGUUUUUCUGGACAAAAUGGUAUUUCUUCUCUCAAACCAGGCCCACUCCCAUCAAACCUAGAUGAUCUGAAGGUCUCCGAGUUAAGACAGCAACUUAGAAUCCGAGGUUUGCCAGUGUCAGGAACCAAGACAGCACUCAUGGACCGACUCCGGCCCUUUCAGGACUAUUCUGGGAGCCCCAUGCCUAACUUCAGUGACAUAACGACCGUCACCUUUCCUGCUACACCCCCCAGUGCACGACCCAGCUACCAGCCCUCCCCUUCAACAAGUGCCCUACCCAACAGCUUCUAUCACUUUGGCAGUACUAGCUCGAGCCCCCCCAUCUCGCCAGCCUCAUCUGACCUGUCAGUGACUGGGUCCCUGCCCGAUACCUUUAAUGAUGCGUCUCCCUCCUUUGGCCUGCACCCAUCCCCAGUUCAUGUCUGCACUGAGGAGAGCCUCAUGAGCAGCCUGAAUGGUGGUUCUAUCCCUUCUGAACUGGACGGACUGGACUCUGAGAAGGACAAGAUGCUGGUGGAGAAGCAGAAGGUGAUAAAUGAGCUCACCUGGAAGCUGCAGCAAGAGCAGAAGCAGGUGGAGGAACUGAGGAUGCAGCUGCAGAAGCAGAAAAGGAGUAACUGUUCUGAGAAGAAGCCACUGCCUUUCUUGGCUGCUCCCAUUAAACAGGAAGAUGCCGUCUCCAGCUGCCCUUUUGCAUCCCAACAAAUAUCUGUGAAAAGACAAAGCAAUGGUCCAGAGGGCCAACCUCCCAUUUGUGAUGCUGCUCAACUCCUACCCCUCGGGAACAGUCAUUUUGUGGAGUCCUCAGGUCAAACAAAUGUACUUUCUUCCACAUUUCUCAGCCCACAGUGCUCCCCUCAGCAUUCACCACUUCAGGCUGUGAAAAGCCCCCAGCAUAUCAGUUUGCCCCCUUCACCAAACAAUCAUUACUUCCUGGCCUCAUCUUCGGGAACACAAGGGGAUGACCAGAGGGUCUCUUCACCUGUCAGCAGCCAGGUGUGUACUGCACAGAAUUCGGUGGCACAUGAGAGUCAUCCUCCAAGUUUCUCUCCCCAGCCUUCUAGUCUCAACUCCCCUUUCUCUGGAGUCCAGGCAGAUAGCUGUUACAGUUCUGGGGGAAAUCCUUGUCCUAAAAGCCCUGGCGUACCACAAAAGAUUACUGGUUUACACACUGCUGAUAAGGCAGGGCCAAAGUUUUCAAUUCCAUCCCCAAGUUUUUCAAAGUCAACUUCAGCAGUUUCAGAGAUUACUCAGCCUCCAUCCUAUGAAGAUGCAGUAAAGCAGCAAAUUACUCGGAGUCAGCAGAUGGAUGAACUCCUGGAUGUCCUCAUUGAAAGUGGAGAAUUGCCAGCUGAUUUCAGAGAGGAUAAUUCAUGUCUUCAAAAAGUCCCAAAGAUACCUGGGACUUCCCACAGUCCUAGUGCUGCACUCCCUAAAUGCUUGGCUUCCUUUGAUCAAGUGUCUUCAGGGGUGCAGCUCCCAUUAGAUCAGUAUGGAACUGACAGUGAUGAGCAUCUUGAAGUCUUAUUAAAUUCCCAGAGUCCCUUAGCAAAGGUGAGUGAUGUCACCCUUAUGAAAAUUGGGAGUGAGGAACCUCCCUUUGAUGGAGUAAUGGAUGGAUUGUCUGCGAAGGCUGCAGAAGACCUCUUCAACGCACAAGAGAUCUUGCCUGGCCCCCUGUCUCCCAUGCAGACUCAGUUUUCACCCUCUUCUGUGGAUAGCAAUGGGCUACCAUUAAGUUUCACUGAAUCACCUUGGGAAACCAUGGAAUGGCUUGACCUCACUCCACCAAGUUCCACACCAGGAUUUAGUUCCUUGUCCACCAGUGGGCCCAGCAUCUUUAACAUUGAUUUUCUGGACGUCACAGAUCUCAACUUGAAUUCCCCUAUGGACCUUCACUUACAGCAGUGGUAG